UUAAAAAUAAACAAAGAAGCAUCUCAUGUCUCAUAUUACUACGUACUAUUUCUGUUUCCAUUUGGUUCCAGUUGUAGUUCUCUAUUCAAUUCAAAAUUGCGGAAACUCUAAUGUGGUGUUGCGUCGUUUAACUAACAAAACUUACUUUUUUGGAGGAAUAUUUCCAACUCAUUCUCGAGAAGGUAACUUUUAUAGUCUUAAUAGAGCAGCUAUACUUCUGGUUUCAUCAAUGAUGCUUGCUAUUCAAGAAAUAAAUAAAAACAAAGAAUUGCUUCCAGGAAUUAAAAUUGGAUAUGACAUUCGUGAUUCAAGAAACAAAGUUUUGUGCGCUUGUGACCACGCCUUAGAUUUUUUGUUGAAUAAAAAAGGAAAUUCAGUACUUAUUGGAGUUGUUGGACCUGCCUCCAGUUCUUUAAGUGCUGCUGUAAGUACUAUGUUACUACCUGACUUUGUUCCACAAGUUUCCUAUUCUUCAACAAGUAUGUCGCUAUCAAAACGUUCAGUUUAUCGGAACUUUUUCCGUACAGCUCCAACUGACGCUUAUCAAGCAAAAGCCUUAAUUGAUUUGAUUGAACACUUUCAGUGGACAUACAUCUCAUUAUUUACUUCAGAUAACGAUUAUGGUCGUUUUGGUCGUGAGGAAGUUCAAAAGGCAGCAAAAGAAAAAAAUAUUUGUUUAUCUGUUGAUAAGAUUUUCAAUAUAAGCCUUUCAAAUAAUGAAACGGAUAUUAUUUUUGAAAGUAUUGAGAAACACUCGCGCAUUGUAGUAUUAUGGUGCGACUCUCAGUAUGCAAAAACUAUUAUUUCCAGAAGUAUUACGCGAGGUUUAGGCAACAUCACCUGGAUAGGGACGGAAUCUUGGGAAAACGAGAUUUUAAUACUUUCUUCUUCUAAUCAACCUCACAAUAUUUUCAUUUUACGGCUUAAAGAAUACGCAAUAAAUGUUAUUAACAACGAACUUUACAAUAAUGUUACAAGUAAAAUUAACUGUCGAAAUCCAUGGUUUAAAGAGUUAAUGAACAAUGUUUCAACAAGCAGCUUUGACUGUAUUCCGAGUUUAGCGUCGUCAUUAUCAAAACGGAAAAUUAAUCAAGUGUUUGGCGCUGUCUAUGCUUUAGCGCAUGGGUUGCAUAAUUAUUUAAACUGCUCAUUUGAAAAAUGCCUCACCACAUUUGAUUCUAUUGAUUACGAAGUACUAUACCGCCACGUGAUUAAUACAAGCUUUACUGUUCCUGCAAGUGAUUAUUACGUCAAGUUCGAUGAAAAUGGAGACAUUUUGUUCCCUGCGUAUGAAUAUACAUUUUUUGAUUUUAAUCGUUUUACUAAGUUUGGUAUCUGGGAGUAUAAUUUUAACAUGUCAUUAAAUGUGUUUAUAAACGAAAGUAUAAUUGCAUGGAAAGAUAGUAAAAUACCUCAAUCAGUUUGCAGUAUGGACUGUUCACCUGGUACAUACAGAGUUAAUUCUACGUUAUCAGUAUGUUGUUGGAGUUGUAUACCAUGUCCACCAGGCUCAAUUACAAACGCUGUUAAUCAAUAUAACUGUACAAAGUGUUCAGCUACAUCUUUAGUAAAUUUGAAUCAAGAUCAGUGCAUUAACUUGCCUGAAAUAAGCUUAACGUUUUUGCGUCUUGAAGGAGUAUUUAUCAUACUGGGGUCAAUAUCAGGUGUACUGGGAACGAGUUUUGUUUUGAUUUUGUUUUUUAUAUAUUGGAACAAUCCAAUAAUUAAAGGUUCAAAUAGAGAGAUGUCCUGUAUCCAGUUAUUUGCUUUUAAAUUUUUAUUCUGCAUUUCGUUUUUACAUUUUUCGAAACCUACACAAACAGUGUGUCUGUUAAGAACAACGUUGUUUAGUUUUUUCUUUACUACCGUUCUCUCUCUUAUUGUAGUAAAAACAUAUCGAUUGCUUCGCGUUUUUAAUGGGAGAUUUACAAGAGUUUCAAAGUUUUUAGAUAACAAAUUCCAAAUUACUUUCUCAUUCUCACUUGUUUUAAUACAAACAGUAGCGAAUUUUAUUUGGAACUUAUUUUAUCCCACGAGAGUCCGCGUUUUCGUUAAUUCUACGCACUAUGAAUUUCACAUAGUCUGUGAAAAUAAAGAAUUACUUUUGGUUUCGUUCAUAUACUUUUAUACUUUGACUACUGUAUGUGGAUACAUGGCUUUCCGAGCGCGUAAACUUCCGGAAAAUUUUAAUGAAACCCAUUAUAUUGCUUAUGCCAUGCUAACAACUUGUAUUUUUUGGUUCACGUACAUUCCUAUUCAUUUCAGUACUGACCCAUAUGAAUCCGAUGUGGCCUUUUUAUGCAUUAAUAUUCUUUCAUGUCACACCAUGCUAUUGAUUUUGUAUGGAAAUAAAAUAAAAUACCUUUUGCGAAAUCCAAAUAUAAACAGAAUUAGCUUUUUUUACAAUAAAUCCACAGAAAAAAUUAUGCAUAAUUUUGAUAUUAAAGUCAAUCACAAAGAUAGAACUUCAAUUAAAUUUGUUUGCAACGUUGUUGAUUUUAACUCAGGUACAAAUUCAGAAAUUGGUUGUCAAAAUAAAGAUACUGUAAAUAAAUUAGUUUGUUAAUGGCUUUCUUUUAAUUAAGUCAGUUAAAAACUACAAUUAUUCAAACACAGAAAAGAAAAGGAACAAAUAGUUACAGUGUGGCAAUUAACAUAACAACUUUGUAUUACGUCAUAUUGUACAAUUAAAUAAAAUGGUUUAAAUUUC